AUCUGGAAGCGCCUUAGCAACAGGCGCUAGUCAACAACCGCAUACCCUUGUGCUGACGCUGGACUGUGUUAGACUUGGGUCUUCUCUGAACCUUGUGUUCCCAGCUGAGAGUCGACGAAUUUCAAUACUUGCUACGCAUUAAUAUCCAAUUUGGGCUCAGCCAUGCUUCUGCAAGCCCCUGGCCUCGCGCCGGGCUCGGCUCGUCGCCAGGCAGCCUGCAGCGUGGCUCGCGAGGCAACCAACGUGCGCAUUGUGACAGCACCUGCUUUGACACCCGGGCGCGCUGGAGUUUCUGGCCGGCGUAUCCUCCCGCCCUCGCGCGUCGUGUCCGUGGAGCUGGAGGCCCCGACGCUGUCGUCGAGCCCUGCGACUGUCAGCACCAAGAAGUUGUUCUGCGAGCCGAGCGGGCAGCCCGCAUCUACUGCCUAUGGGCCCGCCCUGACCGGGCGCCCAGCUCCUUUGGGCGCCAGCAUCGACGCUGACACGGGCGCCAUCAACUUCUCAGUGUUCAGCUCCUCCGCCGAGUCCGUGAGCCUGGUGCUGUUCACGGAGGCUGACCUCAACGCAGGCCGGGCCACUUUCGAGAUUCCUCUGGACCCGUAUGUGAACCGCACGGGCGACGUGUGGCACAUCAUGCUGCCCGACCUGCGGGACGACCUGCUGUACGGCUACCGUGUGGAGGGCGUGCACCAGGAGGAGGACAAGGACUACCCGGGCAUGAGGCACGACAAGCGGCGUGUGGUUCUGGACCCGUACGCGGUGGCUGUGCUCAACCGGCGGCGCUGGGGCCAGAUGGGGCCCAACCUGCCGUACGGCGAGGAGGGCGUGCUGGGCGUCAUGCCCACGUGGCCGCAGGCCGCCGCCGCGCUGCCCGCCGCCCGCGGCUCCGCCUUCGACUGGGAGGGCGACACGCCGCUCAACCUGCCCAUGGAGAGCCUGGUCAUCUACGAGGCGCACGUGAGGGGCUUCACGGCGCACGCCAGCAGCGGGGUGGCGGCGCCGGGCACGUACGCGGGCAUGGUGGAGCGGCUGGACUACCUCAAGUCGCUGGGUGUGAACGCCAUUGAGCUGCUGCCCGUGUUCGAGUUCAACGAGCUCGAGUACUACAGCCAGAUCCCCGGAAGCGACCAGUACAGGUUCAACUUCUGGGGCUACUCCACGGUCAACUACUUCAGCCCCAUGGGCCGCUUCAGCGCUGCGGUGGGCCAGGGCGCGCCGGCCCGCGCCUCCUGCGACGAGUUCAAGCAGCUGGUCAAGGAGUGCCACAGGCGCGGCAUCGAGGUGAUCCUGGACGUGGUGUUCAACCAUACGGCCGAGGGCAACGAGCGCGGCCCCACCAUCUCCUUCCGCGGCCUGGACAACCGCGUCUACUACAUGCUGGCGCCGGGAGGCGAGUACUACAACUACAGCGGCUGCGGCAACACGCUCAACUGCAACCAGCCUGUGGUGCGGCAGUUCAUCCUGGAUUGCCUCAAGCACUGGGUCACCGAGUACCACGUGGACGGGUUCAGGUUCGACCUGGCCUCCAUCCUGACCCGCGCCCACUCGGCCUGGCACCCGCAGCAGUACGACCAGGAGACGGGGCAGCGCGUGGCCAUGAGCAGCGGCGGAGCCAUCGUCACAGCGGAGGGCAUCAUGACUGACGGUGCGGGUGUGCCCACCGGCUACCCGCUGGCCGACCCGCCUCUGGUGGAGUCCAUCAGCGAGGACCCCGUGCUGCGGAACACCAAGAUGAUCGCGGAGGCCUGGGACUGCGACGGACUCAACCAGGUCGGCGCCUUCCCGCACUACGGCGGCCGCUGGAGCGAGUGGAACGGCAAGUUCCGCGACGUGGUUCGCAACUUCAUCAAGGGCACGGACGGCCCCUGGGCGGGCGACUUCGCCUCCGCCAUCUGCGGCUCGCCCAACAUCUACGCCAACAACACGCCGCACGAGACCGACUGGUGGGCCAACAACGGCGGGCGGCAGUGGAAGGGCGGCCGCGGCCCGCACGCCUCCAUCAACUUCGUGGCGGCGCAUGACGGCUUCACGCUGGCAGACAUGGUGGCCUACAACAACAAGCACAACGAGGCCAACGGAGAGAACAACCGGGACGGCGAGCAACACAACAACAGCUGGAACUGCGGCGAGGAGGGGCCCACCACCAAGUGGGAGGUCAACCGGCUGCGUCAGCGCCAGAUGCGCAACCUGACCGGCGCGCUGCUGCUGUCGUGCGGCGUGCCCAUGAUCAACAUGGGCGACGAGUACGGGCACAGCAAGAACGGCAACAACAACACCUACUGCCACGACAGCGAGCUAAACUACCUGCGGUGGGACCAGCUGGCCGAGGACCCGCACGGCUUCAACCGCUUCGUGCGCCUGCUGAUCCACUUCCGCCGCGCCACGCCCGCGCUGCAGCGCACCACCUUUGUCAACGACAAGGACAUCCAGUGGCACGGCGAGCUGCCCAACACGCCCGACUGGACCGACACCAGCCGCCUGGUGGCCUUCACGCUGCACGACGGCAAGGGCGGCGGCCUGUACGUGGCCUUCAACACCAGCCACCUGCCCAAGCUGCUGCAGCUGCCCAAGUGGGGCGGCCGCGUGUGGCAGCCGCUGGUGGACACCAGCAAGGUGGCCCCCUACGACUUCCUGGCGGUGGACGGCGUUCUGAGCGCCGAGGACGUGGCGGCGGCGCGGCGGCAGAUGGCCAUGUGGACCGCCGACCACACCUACCCCGUGCUGCCCUGGAGCUGCAUCGUGCUGCAGAGCGCGCCCGAGGACCCGGCCGCCACAAGCAUGAUCAAGCGCGCCGCCCAGCGCUCCGGCCCCGCGCCCGCCUCCGGCCCCAGCGGCCCCGCCAACCCCAUGACCUGGGCCACCAACUUCAUCAGCGGACAGCCGCCCACACCCGGCAACGGCCCCCGCGGCGGCGCCAGCGGCUCAUCCUCCUACGGCGGCGCGUACGGCGCCGCACAGACCGCGUACGGCAGCAACGGCAACGGCGCCAACGUGAUCGGCUCCUACGGACCCGCCGCCACCGCCACCACCUCCUCCUCCCCGGCGGCGCGCGCCGCGUCCGCCGCCGUCGCCGGCAGCAGCCGCAGCGCCAGCGCGCCGCGCGCCGCGCCCGCGGCCCCCGCCCACUCCAACAACGCCCACGUGCUUCCUCCUCCCGCCGCCGCCUCCACGGGGUCAGGCUCCAACCGCUCCAACUGGCGCGCAAUGCUGGACGAGCAGCCGCCGGCAGCUGCUGCUGCUGCUGCGGCGGCGGCGGCGGCGGCGGCUGGGUCGUGGCAGCUGUCGUCUCUGGCCUCGGCGGACAGCGACAACGAGGGCAUGACGGCGGCGGAGCGGGCGGCGCUGGAGCAGGCCAUGCGCGAGAACGAGGCGCUGAGGAAGCGGCUGGGGCUGUAGGCGGCUGCAGGCAUCUGCAGGCAGCCGGGGGGCUGUGGGGCUGCAGGCCGUUACACCGGUGCUAUGCAGUGAGGAGAGAAGGGCAGAAGCGGGAGAUGGGAGCGGGUGGAGGGAUGAAGGGGCGGGGGUGGGUGGAGGAGGCGCUGCAGGGGCAGAGAGUCGCUGCUGGCGGCGGUGUUGAGAGGCGGCGUGAGCAGCGGGUGGGUGGGUAGAGGUAGGGCGGGGCACCGGCGUUGGAGGAAGAGCGGGAAGAGCUGCUGCAAGUGCCGCCGCCGCGAUAACUGUGUCAUGGUCCCAGGUGCAAGACCACAAGUUGUGAACGAAGAAUGAAUAAGUUCUUUGGUGUUGUUGACGCGCCCACGCCCGAGCAAAACACGGGCGGGGGCUGUGUCUAGAGCCUGAGCGUUACAUGCUCUUGCGUUCUUUGGCACUCACACUUGCUCGCAUGGGAGAGCUAAGUUUGCAGACAUGUCGUUUGCACAUUUUCUUGGAGCCAGCUCUACGCCUUGGCCUCAUUUUGAGUGCGGGUGAGUGUGCGGUUGGGGUUGUAGCGUCGGUUUUGGUCAUCGACCCCUCGGCACUGUGCAUGAGUUGAAUGCUGGAUACGAGAUCAUGUCGCAAAGUUUUGGUUUGACAGGGUGUUGAGCAACGAAUCUGGAGAGGUGGGGGCGCGGCGAUGGCGCGUUGUGUGGGUUUUCCCCUGGCCGUGCCGGCAUGAGAGAGAGAACAGCUUGCUGUGCACACUGCUAGGGGCGCCACAGUAGGUUAUGCCCUGCACAUAUCAGUACCGCCUGGCAACGGUUUAGAACACCUUGGAAGGCCAAAACCACAGAGGGACUGGCAUUGCAAUCCCGAUGGGUUGAUGUUGUCAUUGACGCUGGUCCGUCGGUGGAUGCAGAGCCCAGGCGAGAGAGGGGGUUGCGGCCGAGGGCGGCAGCGUGUGCGCUGCGUUGAGCGUACCCCAAAGCGCUUUGGCGCAAGCAAACCGAGCGUCCUGCACGGAGAGACUGAGUCCUGAGAGAGCCAAGUUUGGUUGCGGCACUGAGGAAGAACGAAUGCGAGCAGUGUGAACAGUGUCUCCCCCAUGGGAGCUGGCGCGUUGAAACAUGAGAGCGCACCCUAGUGCCGAGUGCCAUUGAGCGUGUUGGUAGGGGUUUACGGGUCAUUGCCUGCGUGGCCCUGUCGUUCCACGUGUUGACAAGGUUGUUCGUGUUCCUAGUCUUUGACCAUUGUUUCGGUAGCUAUGCAUUGGCGGCUUAGAACGGCAACUCGAUUGCGGCUAGGAACUGCUAGUAUUACGGUAGUACGACAGCGGGGGCCGAGUAGGUUCGAGAACUGGACAGGUUGGCAGGUGCGCGUGCCAAGCGCCACAUGUGCCCCGUGCUGCUGCUGCUCGCCACCGCCUUGGUUGGCGUGGCAGCGGCUGAGUGGGGCGGGUGUGGGCUGGUGGCUGCCCUGGCGGCGUUGGGACCAUACUCGUGUAACACUAAAAGCAG